AGGCAUAUAGGGGACUAACUGAAUUUCAGUUCCACCCAGAAAGUGCUGCGCUUUCAGCCUGACCCCCAACUGAGGCGCGAGUGCUGAGCCGCUCUGAGAGCUUCAUGUUGUUGCUAGGGAAGACAAAACAGAGAAAGUUCUAGACUCUCUGAUCCAUUUGAAAGGCUGAGAUGGGAGAUGGCAGCCUAAAACCUCGGGCUCCGAGGUGCAGAUGAAGUCUCAGGUUUCAGUGUGAACCGGAGCAGCCACAGCCCCGCCUGAGGAGCCUAAGCUGGCGGGGAAAGCGCUGCGAGUGUCGGGAACCCUGGCGACGAUGGCCACUCUGGGCUGUGGCCCUAAGGACGACGGAGAGGACAAGGAUGAUGAAGUGAGUGAACAAGGUGAUGGAGACCAAAGGCCGAAAGGCAAACGGGACUCGGAUCAGCACGCCAAGAGGGAACCGGACGAGAGGGCCGUCCGCAUCCCCAUCCCGGAAGUGCUCCAGCAGCGGCUGGCGGACGACUGUUACUACAUCAACCGCAGGCGGCGGUUGGUGAGGCUGCCCUGCCAGACCAACGUGGGGACCAUCCUGGAGUGCUACGUGCGCCACUUCUCGGCGAGCGCGCUGGCUUCGGGGGAUCGCCGGCCGCAGCCCCCGCGCGCGGCGCCCGAGAGGAACGUGGGCCUGUGCAGGGAGAUGGCGGACGGGCUGCGCAUCACCUUCGACCAUGCACUCCCCUUGGUGCUGCUCUACCCUCAGGAACAAGCGCAGUAUGAAAUGGUGACUUCCUCCACCUUUUUCUUUCCCACCGAGGAGAGAGCCUCCGACACUGGCAGGAGCCAGGAGGCGACCUGGCCUGGCCCGUCCACACCGCAGCCCACGGAGAGCCAGGCCGUGACUGGGCCAGCCGCCCCCAAGAGGCGCAAAGCGGAGGCGGACGCCCUGCGGGCUCCCAGGCGGUCCACGCGCCACAGCGGCCACUGGCAGUCGGAGGACCGGGCCUCCCCUCAGGCCAAGCGCAGUGUGCCCAAGUUGUUCCCACACUUGCAAAAGACACCUGUGCACGGCACGGCACCUUCCCCCAGUCCUCUGACUCCUGGGAAGGACGCAGGGGCUCUGUUUGCUGGCUUUGAAGGGACAACUGAGGAAAUAAAUGAGAUCCUGUCCUGGAAGCUCGUGCCUGACAAUUACCCCCCAGGACACCAGCCACCGCCCCCCUCCUACAUUUAUGGCGCACAACAUUUACUGCGACUGUUUGUGAAACUUCCAGAGAUUCUUGGAAAGAUGUCCUUCACCGAGAAAAAUCUAAAGGCAUUACUGAAGCACUUGGAUCUCUUUCUGAGGUUCUUAGCAGAAUACCAGGCUGACUUCUUCCUGGAGUCAGCCUAUGUCUCCGCCUGUGAGGCACACUACAGCAGCAAGAACCCCAGGGCAAUCUGUUAACCUUUUUGCAGGCUCUGUAAGCACAGCUGCUCCACCUGGCUUUGUGUUUUGUGUUUGGGGUGGGCCCACCUUGGGGGAGGCCUGGGUAUUUGAGUUGUUCACAUAAUGUAGUUAUUUCUGUUAAGAACUACUUCCUGAGCUGUGUGUGGUUGUCAUGGCAGGAGGGAGGUAAAGUUGCUUCAUUAGCUAAUUUAAGAAAAACAAACAAAACAAAAACCCCCAUGCUAUUGCUCAAGCUUGUAUGACAGCAGGAAGCAGCCUGCUGUAUUCAGAGAGAACAUUCAUGAAAGUAUACUUAGGAUGCUCUGGUAGACGUCACAGGGUGUUAUUAGUGAGAAACACGUUUAGUUUGCUUAGCAUCACGCAAACUGUUUUGGAAGAUUCUUCUAAUGUGAUGAGACUGAAGGACACUGUUCAGCACACUGAGUUUAUAUUUGGACGAGUGGCACCUCAAGUGAUUUUGGGGGAAAUGAACUGUAACAACAAGAGAAUUUGCAACUGCAGAUUUGUAAAUGUUCCCUCUCUGUGAAACAUCAUUCUUGGUCAUCUAAAUAAAGAAUUUUUGUCUUGUUUGGG